CAUUCCCCUGUCUGUCUCACUCUCGCUUACUGGACGCUACAGAGGAGACUACUACUCGUUUGAUAUAUUAAUAUCAACCUAAUUAAGAAUGAUCACAAGGAAGCUGCACAUGGACAGGGUUGUUCCUUACCCAUGCAUCACCUGCCAAAGGAAAGUUCGACCUAAGCAGCAAGUCCUCCAGUGUGAUGGGUGUGAACAGUGGCAGCACCGCACCUGCCACACUGGCAUUUCCCAGGAAGAAUACAGACAAGCUGUUCUCUCAAAGAUAGACAUCCAGUGGACUUGCACAGGAUGUGGUGAUGUCUCCGCUGUAUCCACUACCACUUCACUAAUACAACCUGCAACACCAACUACCAUGUCACUGACACAACCAGCUACCACUUCACUAACGCAACCAGAAACACCAGCUACCACUCCACUAACACAACCAGAAACACCAUCACCAGUUACACUUCCAUCUACCAGCACACCUACUGCAUCACUUCCUCGACUUGUCUCAUCAAUGUAUGACUCCUCCUCUGCUUCUGACUCAGAGUCACUCUCAGGUUCCCUACCAAUAACACACUUAUCCUCCAUACCAUCAUAUCUGAAUGCAGACUUUUCACCAGAUGCCAACUUCUUUCCUUCCUUCCCACCUCCAACAGUGUCACCAACAUCGAUGGAACUUCAGCCUACUUCUCCUGAUGUAAAUAAUAUCGAAGACCACCCUGUAAUUUCAUUCAUUCACCCAUCUUUACAUGGAGUCAAACCUGGAACCCACUACUUCUAUUCCAGAUGAGAUACUACCAGAAUCUGAUGAAGAGGAGUUUACCAUCGUAGUUGGAGGAUCAAAGCGCGGAGGAGACAUCCUUGUCAGUCGUGGUUACUCGUAUAACAAGGAUGGCAAGGUUAACAAGAAAGGUGACCAACGUUGGAGAUGUACUGUCCACAACAAGUUUGUGAACUGCCUUGCUUCUAUCACCCAGCAUGGUGAAACGUUCAAGAUAGGGGCUCAUCCUCAUAGAUGUUCUCCGACAGACUGUGCCCUGCCUGCUGCCAACAUCAAGGCCUAUGUGCGACAACAAGGAAAAGAGCGCCCAUUUGCUUCAGGAUCGACCCUUGCGAAAGAAGCAGUACACAGACACCUGCCAGCUGAUGCACCUUUGUCCAGCAUGCCGAAGAUGUCAUCUAUUGUUCGCACCACCAAUCGUCUACGCCAGGCAAGGAGAUCAGAACAGCCGAAGGCUGUUCUGAUCUCCUUGUUACGCAAGUUCUGAACUUCACUUGGGUAACAGAAGAACUGCCUGACAAUUUUGUACAGCAUAAUAUGACAGUAGGAUCUGCCCGCCAUGUGAUCAUGUUCACUUCCCUGCUUCUUUCCCUUCUUUCCAAGGCAAAGACGUGGUAUGUGGAUGCAACUUUUAAGGCAGACCAGCAACAAUUUCAGCAGUUGUGGAGCAUCCACAGUUUUAUUCGGCAAGGUGACAACAUGAAGCAGGUGCCUCUUGUUUAUGUCCUGAUGUCACGCAGAAAUAAAGAGGAUUUCGCAAAGAUUUUGGAUUAUAUCAUGGAAAGAAUUCCCAGUAAUUUAGUCAAGAGAGUUGUUAUGGAUUUUGAGUCUGCUGUGUGGGGAGCCUUCCAGAGAGUAAAACCCGAUGUCACCCUUGCUGGAUGUUGCUUUCAUUGGACCCAGGCAGUGUGGAAAAAGAUUAAUGAAUUAGGAUUAGCUCCAUCAUACCGUAGAAAGAAGAACACAAGUAGGUUCCUACGUCAACUUCUGUGUCUUCCAUUCUUACCAGCAGAGCAGAUACGAUCUACCUUCAAUGAGUUCAGGAAUAUAGUGGCAGAAAGUCAUACAAUAGCCCACAUAGGUUUCCAUAGCUUGUUGGAGUACAUCGAAGACACUUGGAUAGAAGGACGUUUGUGGACACCCAGUCCCCAGGUCAGUCUUUGGCUUAGCAAUUAGGACCAACAAUGAUAUUGAAGGAUGGCAUAAUUAUUUGAACAUUAUGUGUAGCAAAUAUCGGAAUGUGAACGUGUAUGAGCUGAUAGAGGUUUUGCAUGAAGAAGCAAAGCUUGUAAAUAGCCAGUGCCUUUUAGCGUCAGAGGGCAAGCUGCAAUGGUACCAAAGACAGACAUACAAGGACUACCAGAAAAAAAAAAUAAUAAUUUUGACAUGUGGCAAGAGUACAAAGAUGGUGAACUACGGCCUCAAGAUUUACUUCGCCGUGUCUCCCAGUAUCACCAUCCUCAUUAUACUAGGUCAGCGGAUGAAAAUAUGGAAAUGUAGCUUUUAAGUGUAUAUCUUUUACUGUACAAUAA